AUGACAGUUGGUAUCACAGAGUUGUUAGACCUUGCUAUUAGUCCGCAAAUCGGACCUGUGAAUUUCUUUCAUUUGCGGAAUCUGUUGCACACCAUUGUGGAACACUUUGGCAUUGGUGAAGUAGAAGCGCAACAGGCCGAAGUCAGGGGACCUAUGUCACUAAGAUCUUCCUCUGAAGCUUCCAGCAGUGUUGAAAGUUCUUCGGAUAGCGAAGAGGAUGAAGGUUGGUGUCAAAGCCACACGCCUGUCUUAAGUCUGAUAACCGUAAAAAACUUCUUUACAACAUUUCACUUAUCCAGAUCAAAAUAUUACCUGAUUUGAUUUUGAACCUUAUAUUGUUCUUUUCUUUAUUGGUUAUGAUAUGAUUACGUAAACUGUUCACAUCUUCGCGAAAAGCGACAAAUUUUCCAAAAUCGUGUAUUCACAGUGUAGUUUUAACUUGGUUUGGGGUCUUAGUUGAUAAGUACAUUGAUUGUUUGUUUGUCUUUGACAAAAAGUUAUCAAAAUUAAUCCCUGCAAAUACAUAAAAUUUGUGUUUCGUGCGAACAAUUUCGUUGGAAAGAACAUCAUGGUGGACAAUUUUCUGUUCAGUGAUCAAGUUUGCUUCACGGAAUGUCUACACAGCUUGAAAAGAGCCCGCUGAAAGCGCAAUUCAAUCAAAAAAUUAUCAUGCAAACAGUUAAUCGACACUUCAGGGUCCUAAGUACUUUUCCUGUCUGCAUCGAAGUUUUCGCCGUCCACGACAAAGGAAUUUAACAGGGCUACGAUGCAUUUCACUUCAUAAUCAGCGUCGUUAUGCUAUUUUAACUCGUUUGAUGAAGGUUUAUCUAUGUCACCGUCUCAACUUGGUCAAAGCCUUGCGGAGAUAUCGUCGGUUGGCAACAUGAUUUUUUUGUUAAACCUCGACAAGCCAUCAUGAGAGUUAGAAAAGUAUCAUUUUAAUCACUUCCAAAUCGGACUGGAUUUAACUCAAAUCAAUUUCUAGAAGGGUACGUAGUUUCUCAGUACAUGAUAUAUCAUUACGAGAAAUUGCUUUCCAGUUUACUUCGUAAGUCAGCGCUCUUUUUGAAUUUUGGAAGCCACUAGCUAGGCAAUAGACCGCACUUUCUAUCAGUUUUCAGGCGUAACAACCCACGCAGGAUGUUGGGAGAACACGAGGAAAGUUUGUAAAGCACGGGCCGUAGGCGAAAAAACUAAAGACAUUUAAAUUUUCUAUGGGUUUACCAAUGCAAUAAACGAUAGGUGUCUGACCAUUCAGGGGAUGCAUAGUAUCUCAUUUAUUUCAUGAUUUGUUUUAAGGUCAUUAUCAUUAUCAGUAUCACCAUCAAUAUUUCUAUUAUUAUUAGUUAUAAUUUCUCAAAUGGAAGUAAGGGCGUCACGUUUUCCCGGGAACACCACCCCUCCCCCCCCCUUCCCCCCUUUCGCUACGUCCUGAUACUUAUUCAAUAAAAAAAUUGUUGUCAUAGAAAGUGAAGAAUCUGCAGAUGAUGGUCACGUGAGCGAGGAAGAGGUGACACAGACCAUAAUAGACGAGGAUGGACAAGAGAAGACUGUAACAGUUAUGGUACAGAAGCCACCCAAACCGAAGAGGAAACAAUCUGAGGUCGGCGAAAAAGACGGAAAUGAAAAGGAAGGACAGGAAAAAAAGAAGCGAAGGGAAUCGAAACACAGUAAGGACAAAGAUAGCUCCAGGGAGAAGGAUAGGAAGCAUUCAAAACACGAUAAGGAAGGCGAUGAGAAGGAUGACAAGAAGAAGAAAAGAGACAAAGAUAGAACCAGUUCUUAUGGCGGUGACUCCGUGUACGGAAAAAAGGACGACAAGAAGAAGGAGCGAAGAAUGACGAUGGAUUCACUCUCUGAGACGCCGGAGUUAAUUAACAUUAAUCGGAGACUCGAGGCAGCUGAAAUGGGAAUCAAGAGCUUGAGGAAUAUCAUUGACUCCAUGGUGAAUCAGGUGGACUUUGGUGAUGAGGUCGGAGGAAUGCUGAAGGCCCAACUUGAUCAGGUUCAACAGCAGCUCAACAAGGUCGAACUUCUUCCUGAAGGUGAAGCUGCGAAGAAGGAGAAGAAACGAAAAGGAUCCAAAGCUAAGGGUCCCCAGGACGUGCCUAAGGAUGGGAUCAUUACUGAGGGAUCUCAGCCAGCCCCAGGUGUGGGUGAAGAUCCUGCUCAGCCCACGAACGUGAUUCCCGUUAUCCCGCCCCCUGGCCAAAUGUCACAGGAUAUGCCUAAGCUACAACCUGGUCGUUUACCUUCAAGAAAGGAUGAAAAGCGCAAGAUAAGCUUGCCAAUGAAAGGCGGAGAACGACCCCCUAGUCAGGGAGAUAAGACACCUUUACGAAGGCGCACCACCAUAGAGGAUUUGAAACUGCGGCGGAAGGCUCGUGAGGAAGGCGUAACCAUAGAGGAAAUAGAGGCAAGAGAGGCAGCCCAAGAAACUAAGAAAGAAAAGAAAAGCAAAGAAAAGGAAAAGGAGAAAGGAAAGGAGGACGAGAAAGAAAAGGCUGACAAGAAGAAAGGCGAGGAUAGUUCUGAUGAGGAGUCACUCGACUCUGAGGAAGAAAGAGAAGCAAUGGAAGAAAUGAUCAUGGAGGAGAUUGAAGCAGCAUUGGAGAAUACGGAUGACCCUGAGGCUCAAGCUUAUGCUUUAAGGCUCAGCAUCGAGCAGAUGAAUAACAUGAAGAAAAGCUUCAUGCAGUCACAGGAAGAGUUCAAGAAAGACAUGGAGAAGAAUAAGAGAGCUAUCGAUCUAAUUGCCAAGGAUUUGGCCGCCUUUCGUGCGUCGAGGAAAGCUCAGGUUAGCAAUGGAGUUGAAUUGUUCCCAGUCUCUUAAUAUUCGUACGCGGUCAGUAGGUCGCGGAAAACAAACAGAACCACCUGCCCUCUUAAGCCCAUCCUUUUGGUUUACUUGAUGAAGUAACCACGCAAAUAGACAACCUUUGCUCGAUCAACCGAAUUUAAUCACACGUGUAAAACUUGCUUUGCCAACUGGAUUUUAUUUAUUUCAUUCUCACAGGAUGCUGAAGGCUUCAACGCUGUACAUCACGUGCACAGCAUGGUCCUCGAACUGCAAGCCAAACACGAAAAGUUGGUCCAGACCACCGCGGAGCUCGUGAACGAGUACAACAGGCGCGAAAAGAGCUUAGAGGAACUGUAUGAUUCAGUUGAUAGACUGGACCAGAAGAAGGCUGAUAAACAACAUGUCAGUCAGGAAAUCGGCAUAAAGGUUAGUAAAAUCAGUCUUGGCAUGUAGCGCGAUGACCCUCUUGGGAAGUUGGGGAUUAGAGAGUGAGUAAAAAGACCAACUGGAGAACUUUUCGAUUGAUUGUCAGAAAACCUAAAAUCUUCUCGACGGCCAAUCAGAACUAAAGAGAAGAUCACUGAGAACUAAUAGGGAAUCAACUUAAAAACAUCAAAGGCCAUGAAGCACGGGAAAACGCGAUUGACUAAACCACUUUUGGUUUUAGUUUUGAAUGUGAUUGGUUUCAAGGCAUAGCUCGAGCGAAGGAAAACCAGUGGGAAGAAAAAAAUAAAUAAAACAAAUCAUAUGCUAGAUUACUUUCAACGAAUUGGAGAGGAAUGUCAUUGGCACUUUUACGAUUUCUAGUUUAUUGUCUGGUUUAAGUUCGCCUAUAGUCCGAGCAUCAACUUCCUCACGCUUAUGGUUGAGAGGACUUCGCUGUCGCUUGAAUCGAGUACUUGUUGAAAUUGAAUGAAAAGGAAAUUACUCUGCUUCUUUAACAGGGGGACUAAAUUUCUAGUCUCAAUCUUGAUUUUUAAAAGUUCUCUCUCAAACAUAAAAAUCAACUGAUUUCAUGUAACUAUUAUGUGCCGUAGGCGGACAAAGGAGACCUGGAGUCGAAAGUGAGCGUGAACCAAUUUGACGAGAGCUUUAACUUGCUGGACCGCGGGCUCAGUGAUGCCCUGGAGAAAAUGGAAAGCCAAAUGAGCAUUGAAGACGCAUUAAGAGAAACUUUACAAGAGUUACAAAGCAAGAUGCAUCUUAAACUCGAUAGACAAGAGCUGGAUUCGCUUCGAGACCAACUGGAAUCACGCAUCAGACAAGUGCAGGUUGUGCGCGCCACUGUUAAGGAAAAACCUGAAGAUGGCGAGCCAGCUGGCUUUAGGAGGUACAGUGUGAAUGUUAAGGCUGCUAGAUUACUCACACCUUACACCUCUGAUAAUAAUUAUUAUUAUAAUUAUUAAUAAUUAUUUCUACGCCUAUCGGUUGGAAAAAUUAGAGUUUAUCUUUGUUGUAAAUGUUUGUUUUCAGGAACAAGCCGGAGAAAGUUCACUGCAUUUCGUGUGAUCGGCCUUUGGAAGUCAACCCGGGAGGGAUUGGGCCGAACAUGCCAAAGAUGCAAAGCCUACCGGGACAGAAGUCUUCUAAACCGUACACGACGUUUGAACUGGAGCACAUCCGACAGCACCAGAAGAUGAAUAUCGCCAAGAAGCCUCCGGUUAUCGGCGCCGACCUCGGUUACCAGGCGCAGAAGCUCAAGAAUGAGGUGGUAGCCAUGACUGGUCUUGUGGAUCUCAUAGAGCUCCCUCCCUCCCAGCGGUACUGCGGAGGCUCACACACCAUCAUGCAUCCAUUUAGGCGCUCCUUCAAGACAACGGGUUCUCAUCUCAACCAGUAUGUGGUUAUACGUGAAGAUAGUGACGCCGCUGUCACGCUUCCGCGCAGGGAAUUCAUAGUGCCACGUGACAAUAACCUGAAGCGCUACAUGAAACCUAAGCUUCCUGCAAUAGGGCAGGCUAACACAAGGGAACCCUCCCCUCCCCCAGAAUACAUCAACGAAUUCAAUGAGCGGCCACUAAGUGCCCCGGCCACCCCCUCAGUGGGUCAUAGACGAAAACUGAGCUCGCCCCAGGCUCUCAACGAAAGAUCGAAUUCUCCUCCUCUAAACGAGGCUGAAUCACCAGGGGGGUCACCCGUCCAAAUGGAGAAGAUAUCAGUUACAAUCCCCUCCCCAACUGGCGAAGAAGAAUAG